GAGUAGGGGACUAUCAACUUAAAGCUGUUGAAGAAACUCCAACAGUAGUCUAUAGCUGAAUGACACUGAGAGGGAGUGGCUAGACAGUUCUAACUGCUUGCUGAACGCCACUUGUGACUCUUACAUACCGAUCACCUGGUGUUUAGAGUGCCAACAGCUCUUCACAACGGUGACCUAUGUGUCACAGAGUGAUCAGGUCAAGUCAGACACCGGAGCUUAUCGGAGGCGAGGUAUUGUGCUCACGACUGCGCUUUUCUGCCACAGACCCGCCCUUUGGUUUUGGGCAAAGGUCGAGCAGUGGCGUGUGGCCAGACCUCCAUAGCACGGGUGUGUGGUGCUGACAGGCUGUCAGGUGUGGCCGCGCGCUUGCAUGCACACCUACAAGUGUUCAACACUUCAACAGGCCUGUCUGACAGGGUGAACGGAAAUCGAUGCAAGUGUCGUAAACAUUGAACUGCUGAGCCUUGUCACUGUCGUCCAGUACAAAAAUGGGAUGAGGGCUGACUUCACCAUACGAUGAACACGACACUGCCAGUGCCUCGUCAAGGUACAUUUGCCACUGGCACUGCUCAGGUAGACAUCAAAGGACACGUCAGGCGGGGUGACAUCCAGAUCCCUAUUGUUGAUGAUUCGUUGGCACCUGCACGCCCGGCCACCUCUACUCGCCACAAGCCUGUGACACCUGUCCCGACAGACACAUGCGAUUCUUCUAGUACAGAGCGACAGCAGCCAGCUCCACCGUCGAUCAGUCACAACAUUCCAGAAAAACCACUGGAUUAGAAGAAUAGGAGAUCAACUCCGGUUGCAGGAGAUCAUCCGAGACUAGGAGACCAUGACACUUCUAGUCAGAGACGAAAACAAUCCGGAGAAAGUCCUCGAUACGUGGACCACGAAGUCACUGUACGGCGAACAUCCAAGCGUCUUCUCACCUCCCACAUCAGACGAAACACAUCGCUGGUUGUCUGAAGGAGCCGAGAAAAAGGCUAGCAAUGCGCAUGCGCCGAUAAGCAAAUUUCUUCGACAUGAAAAGGACAGAGCUGAGGCUACUGACGACGACGAUGACAACAAAGAUAAUCCAUUGCUUGCAGAGAACGUCAGCCUGGAAAAACGAACCAAAACGAACGUGCGUCCUGGUUCGAUUUAAAUCCAGCUAAACCCACUGAUCGAUCUGUAAAAAACAAUAUCAGUCAGCACGUGCAUAUUUCUCCCGGAACCGACAUCAGUAUCCAGUCAGACCAUCCUCCCACAAACACAACGUCAGCUGCUGACGUUGACGACGGUGCUACAAAAACAUCUGAAGGAGAAGUGGUCCACCGAGUGGUCACGACACCAACAAACUCACCAGCAAAAGUGCCCCAGACAAUUACAAAACUCCUACAGAAAAUUGCGGCUCAGAAAAAAAUACGGUUCAGAAGGACAAGAACGACUCCGAGGCUAGACGAGACAGUGGCACGCAUUUCACCCCGGCGUGGGCGAGCUGCAGAUUGAAAACGCUUCGCCUCUGACCCUGUCAAGUCAACCAACCUCGCAGCACACACCAAAAAAAAAAACUCUCGGAGUCCACAUCCAGAAGGCGCUGUCACGAAUGACAAGAUUUCAGAGACACCGCGUGAAGGGAAUCUGAAUCAAAGGUGGAGAACUCAUCAACAAGAAGAAACAGCAACAAACAAAGAGAUGAACACAUCGCAACAAAAGGCCACGAGAAACAUUGCUCGGGGAGAUUAUUAGAGUCUUCGAAAAAGGAAACCGAAACGACACAAACAUGUGCGGUGCACGCCGAAGGAUCGAUGGAAGCCAAAUCUCGUGUUACUCGCAGAGGAAACGAUAAACUCUCAGACAACAAAAGAGACGAAGAAAGGUUUUCAGAAUCCGAUACCCGCAUGUCACAACCCAGGUCAGACAUGUCGGACAGCAGGACACCACGGGGAGGUGACAGGUCUUUGAAGGACCUGACCAGCGAGAGAGACCAGCUACUGCGGGCAGAAAAAACCUACAGACAGCGGAUCCAGCAGCUGGAGGAGGAGGUGAAGUCUGUGGUGAAGCAAAGUCAGGAGCUCUCCACAGAAAACAAAGAACUCCGCAGCAAACUCGAUGCGUUAGAAAAUUCUCGAAUGUCUGGAGGAUCUGAAAAGAGAGAAGAGGAACUGGUGACAACGGUUGCCAGAGUGAACAAGGAGAAACUGGAAGUGGACGCUGAGAACGAGAGGCUGCAGGCCAGACUUACGGAGCAAGAGCACAAGGCCCGGUUAUGGGACACCAUUUCCUCGGACAACAACAAGCUGAAGACUCAGAACACAGAGUUGGAGAAGCGAGUGCAGGACCUGGAGAAGGAUGUUCGCCGACUGGGCAGCAACCCACUACCUCCUCCCACUCAUGCAGACCAGGUCUCUGCAGUGCAGAAAGAAAACAAGAAACUGGAGGCAGAACUGAGCAACUUGCGGACGCAGAAGGCAGAGGUAGAAACAGAAGUCGAGAGACAGAAAUCACUGAACGCAGACCUCACCGAGAAGCUGGAACACAAGCGUCAAGAGCUGGAGGAACUGGUGAGGGUUUUAAAAUCGGAUACAACUUCAGAAAAGGAGUUGAGAGACUUAACUGCGCAGCUUGAAAACACUCAACGAAAACUUUCAGAAUGCAAGGCUAGUCUGGACGAAGUCAACCUCAAAUAUCUGGAGUUGGAGAAAGAGAAUGGUUCAACGAAGGCUGCGUUGAAGGCCAAGGAAGCGGAGUGUAAAAGUUUGAAAGGUAGUUUAGAAGAAAAAGACUCUCAAAUUAGCGAGCUCAAGAAAAAGUUAGAGUCCUCCAAACGCGGAAUGAAGAAGCUCGAGGACAGUCUAGACGAGAUGAAGCAGACAGAAAAAGAUGCCGUUAAUAUGAAAGCUAGGAUAAGAUCUCUGAAAAAUGAAAUCGAAGACAGCUUGGUUUCGAUCCACAAGUUGAAGCAAGAAAACAACGAGGCGAAGACUGAGGUCGAACGUCUGCACGCGGAACUAAUGAUGACCUCAGAAUCCCUGACCGAGGCCCGGCGCCACAUCAAGACCAUGGAGAACGAGCGGCACUCGAGGCAGCAGAUGGAGGAGGAGCUUCAGACCCGCGACAAGCGAUUGGGUGAGCUGGAACGUCAGACUUUUCGAGAUGAACGUCAGAAGCGAGCAGCUGAAACAGAAGGUGAAGGAGCUGGAGGAGGACAAGCAGGAUCUGCUGAAGGCCGGAGCAAUGCCACUGAGGUGGAAGUCGCAAACCAGAAGUUACAAGAAGAAAACCAGAAGCUGCGGCAGGCGUUGGUGGAGCGUAACAUAGAAAUAACGCGGCGACAGUCAGAGCGGAAGACGCUGGUGAACCGGGUGGACACAUUGGAGAGGAAGCAGCAGGACGCAGACAUUCAGAUGCAGCAGCUGAAAGGGUGGGUAGGCACCUCCAGCGUCGUGCCCCCAACAGGAACUCUUCCCGACCACCGUCAGUCCACCCGCAAAGAUCACCUGCUCGGACUUCCCAGUGUAUCCUCCCCUACUUCUCCCCGGGAAUCAAGAUUGACAGGAGCAAGAGGUGGAAGAGCAGGAGGUAAACGCAAGGGGAAGAACCGUAGCUGGGACGAUCUCACGAGGGCUGGAGACCACGAGGUCAGUGCACACACGUCGCCCAGUCUCCCCGUUGUUCUGGAAACCAGAUUUCUGGACGCACCUGCAUCUGCCGCUGCCCUGGCUACUUCGAGUUGUACAAACACAAGCUGACCCUCGUCAAGUCCAAGCGAUGGUGACGGUGGCCAGCCUCGGAGAACUUUGAGAUUUCUCUUAUUUACUUAAAUACUUUACAGUAGAACAGAUGUACAACAAAUUUUUUGGAAUGUGGCUUGUAUAUCUAUAUAUUUAUAUAUUUACAUAAGUUGUGUUAUGUGUAUAUAGCAUCAGCAUGGAAUGAGAGAUUUACUAGCAAAUAGCACAUGUAGAACUGUAGAAGAAGACUUUGUGUUUUCUUCUGCUUAUAUUUUAUACCCGACUUAAGAUAUCGAUAUGUACUCGUUUAUACAUUUAUAAGUAAGUCUUUGCCGAACUGUGGUAGUUGUUAAUACUUUGAAGAUAAUUGUAAGGUUUACAUCUUGUCGUGGAAGACAGAUAAAUAAGAAGAGUGCCAUAAUAAUGAACAGAGAUUUAUUUAGGAUUUAAUAAUUUGGAAUAAGGAAGAGAUUUAUUUAUCAUCGAUUCGAAAUAAAAAAGAUAUUAUUUAGCAUCUAUUAAAAUUGAGGGAUACAUUUAGGAUGUAUUGAUUUUAAAUGAUAUAUUUAUUUAGAAUUUCUUAAUUUUAUAGGAGAUAUUUAUUUAGGAUGCAUUGAUUUUAAAUGUGAUAUUUAUUUAGAAUUUAUUUAUUUUAAGUAUGAAGACAAAUGCUUCCUUUCUUCAAGCAAGAAGAGCAUCAGAUGCUGACACUGUUCCGCCUAGGAUCCUGAAAGUUUUAAGGAAGUGUGUUUGGUACAUAAGAGGAGACUGUCCUGACGACUUUUUAUUGUUUGAGGUGGAAACAGUUGUUUGUGGCUAUAUACCUAUCUCUACUACCACUUGGUCGAUGCUAUAGCAACGAUAAAAAUACUUACCAGACAAAUUGUUCAUUCGUCGCGCCUAAUAUAGUUUCCAGGAAAGAUGGAUGUGUAUCUGAAUUCCAUAGAUGGGAAAGUUCAUUAGAGAACUAUUUCCGAAUCGCUAAUUAGGGAAGUCAGCUUUUUAUAGUAUUUGCUUGAUGAUGACAGUUAUUCUGUGGUCCUGCUGCCCACGUUGUAUGAGAAUACCUGGCGAACACCUGCGAGUGCCACCAAGAAGUAAACUGACUUACUGUACUUACUGUACUUGUUGACUUAACUAAAGUUUUUCACACUCCAUCAAUUUAACAUCUUGUUUAUUUCCGCACCGACUGUUGGAAUCAGCCAAAAGCAAAAGAAAUGUUAACACCUGUUCAAUAACUUCAAGAAACUUUUUUCAUCUUUUUUGUUGUCAGGUUCAGUGCAUCUUACAACUUCUUUAUAUCAAAGGCCAGACAAAUUAUUUUUGUUACCGAGCUGCAAUCAGUCUGCCCUCCGUUUAGAGAAGAAAAACAUUUUUUUUAACAUUUCCCCAGAAUUUCAGUAUGCAGAAGUCAGAAUGGUGACUCUCACUUGUUCGUGUUCAACUUAUCGUCCUUACAUUUUCAAGUUUUUAUUUUCCGAAUGUAAAUAAAUCUAGUCAGUUGACUUUUUAGUACCAGUAGCAGAGGUCGGCUGGUGCCACCAGUGUCUUGGCACGUGACCUGGACUCACUCUGGUCUUCGUCUUUACUUUUAUGUCAACCGACAUCAUCACUGAAAGUCAGGUUUUGCAGUUUAUAAUGAAUUACUGCAAGAAAAACUUUCAUUCUCCAUCAGCCAAAGAAAAGUCAUAAAAAACUUUCACUCAGCCUUUGUUCGUAUUUUUGGUCGUAUCAAAAACAAAAAGCCUCAGUACUAUUACCAUAGCUUUAUCUGGUUUUAGAUGAAAAUUUUAUUUUUUAAAUAGAAACGUUUACUUCUCGAUCAGAUACCGUUAUGAGUCUUGAAGCCUCUUCAAAACGUCUGUAAGAUGCACAAAGUAUAUUUAUAUAUAUAUAAAUAUAUUAUUUGUGUGUAUGCUGUGCAAACUGCUUAUGAAACUACUAUUUUUGUGUUGAACAGAUAUGUAACUGUGAUAAAUAGGUUGACGGGAGUCACUCUGCUAGGUUAAGAUAUGUAACUAGUGAUUCAGAUAUGGGACUGAUGUUCAGCCUGCAGCUACAUCCAUGUUCACAUGUUCAUGCUCGCUGAAUCACAAUCAGUUUCUAUAUACAGGACCAAUCGCUCUUAUGUGUACAUCUUUGUAAAUGGCCGAAUACAGUUCUUUCUGUCUACUAAUAUCAACAGAAAACAAAACAAAAAAUCACAUUCAAAUUGUGGUACGUGAAAAAAUCCUUUAUAAGAGAUAAGAGUAGAUAACUCACUUUGUGGUCCUUCGCAACAGGACAGAAAGAUGUUAAGGGAACGCAAAAGUGAUGAAUUGAAGGCUAAAAAGUUUGCAAAGAAAAUAUUUUUACAUGGACAGUAAAAUGGCUGUGAAAAACAAACCAAGGAAGGCGGUUUAGUAAACUCAGUGCUAACGUAAGGCAGUCAGAGCGCGAAGUGUCGUUUUGCUACUUUCGGAAGAACAGUCUAUCCUUCGAUGGAAUCAUUUUGCGAGAUUUAUUGAACCUUCGACAUGUUACCGGAUACUUUAAGGACGAUUUAGCAGCGACGGCAAUACUUCAAAAAGAAAAGUAAUCUAAAACUGACAUUAGCUUAACAAUUAUCUAGUAUUUUAAGCGAGGAUAUGAGAAACACUGUUUAGAAGUGUUUCAUUGUAACUACUGGAUAUUCUCGAUAUUGUGUUGAACGCAGUAACACCAAAGUGUCUUCAAAACGAAAAAAAUGGGUUAAAACAUCAGCUGUCUAGGCAGUUGUUGAAAUGAGCAACGAAGUGUCUGGGUGUGUACAGUGCCUACGAAUGUAUUGCAAGUCCAGGUGGAGUGAGGAUACCUGAUCUCCAAUGUCUUCAUCCACGAUACAGCAGCGCCGCAACUUGACUUUUCUCCGAGAUGAGAUUGAAACCAGUCUGGAACUAGAUGGUCAGCCACUUCUGUGUUUUCUUAAGCAGUUGCCCAGUCAUUUAAAUAAAAAGGUCAUCAAAGUA